AUGAAGCUCUCAGCAAUUGUUCUCAGUCUUGCGGCCACGGCCUCUGGUCACACCAUCUUCCAGAAGGUCUCUGUUAACGGCGUUGACCAAGGUGCUUUGAAGGGUGUCCGCGCCACUUCGAGCAAUAAUCCGAUUCAGAACGUCAACGAUGGUGGCUUUGCUUGCAACAACAACAUCCAGCACAAGGACAAUAACAUCAUCUCCAUCCCCGCCGGUGCUAAAGUAGGUGCUUGGUGGGGUCACAUCAUCGGCGGUGCUCAAGGAUCUAACGAUCCUGACCAUCCUAUUGCUGCAAGUCACAAGGGCCCUAUUAUCGUGUACCUUGCCAAGGUUGACAAUGCCGCCAGCACCGGCACGUCAGGCCUCAAGUGGUUCAAGGUUGCCGAAGCCGGACUCAGCGGAAGCACUUGGGCGGUAGACACAUUGAUCUCGAAUGCCGGCUGGCACUACUUCAACCUGCCGCCUUGCGUCGCAGCAGGCGACUAUCUCAUGCGAGUUGAGAUUAUUGCUCUUCACAGCGCUUCAUCACAAGGUGCCGCCCAAUUCUACAUGGGGUGUGCUCAAAUCCGCGUUACCGGUUCUGGUACCAACGCCGGCUCGAAUACCGUCAGCUUCCCCGGCGCCUACUCUGCUACGCAUCCCGGCAUUCUCAUCAGCAUCUACGACAACACUGGCAAGCCCACCAAUGGUGGUAAGGCGUAUUCCAUCCCCGGACCGACUGUAAUCACCUGCUCUGGUGGCGGCAGCAGUGGUGGAAGCACUUCACCUCCUCCUGCUUCCAACCCUCCCCCGUCAAGCGGUGGAGGUUCCGGCGCUCCGCUCUACGGUCAGUGUGGCGGUCAGGGUUGGACCGGUGCAACGACCUGCACUUCGGGUUCAUGCAAGGCUUCCAAUGAAUACUACAGUCAAUGUUUGCCGUAA